AUGCCAGUCAGUCACUUGGCGGUAUCGCGCAUGGCGGUUUUGAGAGAAGAUCCUGUUGGUCAGUAUUCUGCUUCACCAAUUUUGGUUUCUGCACUUCCACUUGUGUCCCAGCAGACGAAUGUGCUUGCUGCCCUCAUGAAUAACUUGCUCCUUCAUCAUGCUGGUAUCGAUCUGGAGACCUUGUAUGCCUAUGGAGAGGUGGAAUUGGUUACGUUUCUGAGUGCAGUACUUCUGCGAGUGGAUGGAUUUUCCCGGCAUUGUUUUGCUCCUCCUAUUAGUAUGCCCAAGCCGAUGCCUCACGAAAAAAAGCUCAAGGAAUUUAACCUUAUCAAUGGCCUAUUUUACGCCGUUGGCAUUCGACCAAACCGAUAUGUGACAUUGGAUUCCGUCGAAGUUGGCACUCCUAACCCUGAGGGGACAGAGCUAGACUCUCGCUGUCUGUUGACCUAUGCUUACUGGAUGAACCUGAUUGGUAAACAACAGGCAUCUAAAAGGACAGCUAAAGUCCUGGAAGAAUUGUGCCCUGAAUCAUGCUCGUCAGCGUUUCUCGUUGUAGACAAAGAUUGCCGAAUAGGAGAACUCUCAACUGUUGCCCUCGAGAAGGCGUUCCUAGCUGUUAGAGAGGAACUCCAACAUCUCAAGAAGUUUGAGAAUUAUAAAGAGAACAUAACAUCUAAAAGGAGUUCUUAG